AUGAUUGAUAGUGGUGAGAUGGAAUUUAUUAACUGUUACAUCAUGGAGAUACGUUUUUACAGCCCGCCAUGUCCAAACGGAAAACUUGCAGCUCAAGUUCGUUUUGUACAUUGUUCUAUGCGAAAUGCUUUUGGGCUGCGUGUUUUGUACCUGUUUUUCAACAUUCCAUUCCUUUUUUUACAGCGUGAAACCCUGUUGCGUCAACUUGAAACAAACAAGGACGAAAUUCAAUUAAGCUAUGAGGAACUUGAUCUUUUUGAAGAAACUCGAGAAGCAAAUUAUGACUUAUUUCUUGAAGAACUCGUGGCUAGACGUAGGUUGGCUGCUGAAAAACAUUCUGCAACUUAUGGUAGAAAUAGCAUUGGAACUAUUUCCACUCCAAUGGGUAGAGGACAGCCAAUUCCGGUUUCUCCGAACGAUAGCGUAUUCAGGAAAGCAGAGUUUUUGCCUCCCGCGAAGCCUCAAACUCUUGCAGUAGGUUCUGAAGUACGCCAUUCUGAUGCUCCACCUAGUUCGAUUCCACCAAGCAACUCACCAGCGGUUGAAAAUGAAAGGCAUGAAGUAUCAAAGGAGCCUUUGAAUAACAGAUGCCCAUCUCUCAGUAGUGACAGUGAACCAAAUGUAAUGGUCACUCUAGAAGAGGAGGAUUUUGUUCCAGUCGCGUAUCCACCUCCCACUUUAUCCAUGGAAAAAUAUAAACGAACUGUAGUCGAGCUUGACGUAGACAAAAAAAAGACUAAAGAUGAAGGAGAUUCCGGUAAUCGAGCAGCGGAUAUAGAUACUAGGCCGUCAUCGACGUCUAGUGUGAAACAGGAAUUGAAACUCUCUUCAGGGACCACUCAGGUGUCUCCAACUCCACCACUUCCAGAAUCCUCUUCAAGUAACUUGCUUGAUUUUACAGCUGAGGAUUUCGAAAAGUGGUUGGAUAGUACACCAGAUUCGCCAGUUAAGGCAUCUCAACGAAAGGACACGGAAGGCGUAUCUUCAUUUGCUGAAGUUGGUAAUCCAGGAUUAUCGGCUGCAGGUGAUUUUGGGAUGUCCCCUGAGUCGCCCUCCGUCGAGACGCUAAAUAAUAAGAUGGAUUCAUUGAGGGUUGAGGACACUUCGGUGUCAUCCUCUUUUGGGUCUUGCGAAUUCCAGGAGAAAGGAAGGACUAAAAAAGUGAAGAAGAAGGGAACAGGCGGUGGAACUUCAAGUUCUAAAAAAAACAAAAAGAAGACUAAAACAACACCGUCAAGCUCUGUUGAAGAUCAUAAAGAUCAAAGCUUGUACGACGAGCUUUAA